AUGAAGAUUUUCUAUCAUGGACUCAAUUCUUCAUCGCAGACAGCUACCAAUGCGGCAGCAGUAGGAGGUCUGUUGGACAAAACAUAUGACGAAGCAAAGAAUAUUCUUGAUCGCAUCUCGAAAAACCAUGAAGAUUGGCAAGAAAGCAAUCAAAGAACUAAGUCUAGAGAAGGGAAUAUAGGGAAAGAACAAUGCCAAGCAGUCACCUUAAGAAGUGGAAAGACGGCAAUAGAAGUCAGGAAGGAGCCUAGCAAGACUGAGUCAAAGGAGCAACCUGCGAUUGAAUCAAAGAAACAUUUAUCGCAAACUGAGUCAAAUGAGUCCGAGACUAUGGAACAAGAAGAUGCGAUCACCUCUAAGACUCUAGACUAUGAAACAUUGAAAGUACAACUACCUUCAUUUCCUCAAAAACUGAAAAAGAAACAAAAUGAUGAAGGUCAGUAUCAUCGCUUCCUGGAAAUAUUGAAACAAUUGCACAUCAAUAUUCUAUUCAUAAAAGCGAUAGAGCAGAUGCCAGUGUAUGCCAAAUUUUUUAAGGACAAUGUCUCGAAGAAGAGAAGCACGGGAAGAUUCACCACGGUGGCAUUGACACAAGAAUCAAAUACUAUAAUCCCACAAAAGAUGCGUGACCCAGGACAGUUAACACCCACAACGGUGUCUCUUCAACUCGCGGAUAGGUCCUUGGUGCACCCUGAAAGAAAAUUAAAUGAUGUCUUGGUAAAAAUAGACAAAUUCAUUCUACCUGCAGACUUCAUUAUCUUAGAUUAUGAGGCGGAUAAAGAUGUUCCAACCAUAUUGGGACGACCAUUCUUGUCCACUGAUCGUGCUCAAAGAGAUGUGCACAAGAGACAAAUCACAAUAAGCAUCAAUGGAAAGAAGCUCAGAUGA